CCCAAAUAGAAAUCAUAUACACCAAUUAAAACUUAAUUAAUUACUUGUGAAAGAAGUAAAAAAAACACACUAGCUAGCUAGCCAUGCAACGUUCAAUGAUCUCCAAAACCCUAGCUUCAUCCACCCAAAUCCUCCACCCCAUAACUCGUAUUCCUCGAUCGAACCCAAAUCCACUAUGCGAUAUUUUCAUCAACCACCGAGGGGCUGACACAAAGAGGACAAUCGCCGGUCUUUUAUACCAGCACCUCUCAGGUCUUGGGUACAACCCUUUUCUAGAUAGCAAGAGUAUGAAACCCGGGGAUAACCUAUUUGAUAAGAUUGACCCGGCAAUAAAAAGUUGUAGGAUCGGAUUGGCAGUCUUUUCCCCACGUUAUUGUGAAUCGUACUUUUGUUUGCAUGAACUAUCCUUGAUGAUGGAGUGUAAGAAGAAGGUAGUGCCCAUUUUUUGUGAUGUGAGACCCUCGGAGCUCCGGAUUAAGGAUAAUGCAUGGAGUUGUUCUACCAAGGAACUUGAGAAGUUUCAUUGUGCUAUUGAAGAAGCUAAAAAUAUUGUUGGACUCACAUUUGAUACUUUAAAUGGGGACUGGUCAGAGUUUUUGACAAGUGCAACAGAUACAAUUCUUCGAAACUUGCUUGAAGCUGAACAAGAUGACAAGUACUUUAAACAUAACAUUACCAAUUAUUUUGAAUCAAAAUUUGCCGAUAAUUCAAACUAAAUCGCGAUUCUUCAAUUCAUUUAUUCUUUUUAAAACCCUUUUCUGGAACCAAUAAUUCAUUUAUUCUUUUUAACCCAUUUUAUUAAUAAAUCCUUUGUUAAUUUGUUACUUUAAUUUGUUUUGAAGAAGGUUUAGAAAUGACAAAAUAUCUUUAUUCUUUGUAAAUGUUUUUUAAGAAGUAUUUCUUGUAAUUCUUCUUUAUAAAGCUAACAAUUACUUUAAUUUUAAUCCCACCCGUCUACAAUAGACGGGGAUCAUUAACUUUACUCUAUCAAAUAGGACAAAUGUUUGUAUUUUUUUUUCUGCAGUUUUCUUUUUAUACUUAAUACAUAUAGAGUAAUAAACCUUAAUAUACCACAUACCAGUUUAUUGAUCACUUAA